UUGCCGGUAAAACAUUAUGGCGUCGUAAACACCAAAGAUGUGCACGUGCUAAUCGUUUUUCCGCGCUCUUUUCAUUUACUUCGACUAUUACAAUGGAGUUUGACACAACUGUUCUCGAGAUUCAGAAAAAAAUCCGUGGACUCAACAAUGAGUUUGGAAACCUACAAGAGGUUGAAAUCACAGCAGAACAACUGGCGCCUUGUUUGGAAAAGUGGAGGUGUUUCACUCAAAAGCUGGAUGAUGAACAGAAAAGGAAAAUUCAGCUCUACCUAGUCUUGAACGCAAAUUUCUCGUUCCAUGACGUUGUGGAAGUCUCUGAUGAUGUCGCCCACCUAGCUGACACUGCCCCGUUACUAAGCACCAAAUUUUUGGUGAAUUUAGUCCGUGGAUGCGACCUGUUGUCUUAUGCCUAUGAGACUAUGAGUUUUGCGGAUCCUGUUCUUGCAAUCCACUAUGUGGAGGCCCUCCUUCAAGAGAGACAUCAAAUUUCUGCCCUUGAGUACCUUGAAGAGUUUUUUUCUGUGAUCCACUCAAUGUUUGCCCAACUGAGCAACUGCCAAAAACCAAAUAUCGUGCGCCGAUUGGCAUCAGAAUUCAUCAAGCUACUUGAUUCCCUACCUGAACACCUUUACUCCAAGUUGGCUAAUCUAAACAGCAAUGAUAAAUUGAAGGUAGCAGGGGUUCUGGCCAAGAAGCUGAUCGAGCUUGUGCUGUUUUGCAUGCAGUCCAUGCAUGAGCCAUCCAAAGAUCUGAAGGAAUAUUACCUGAAAGACAUGUACCCAAAUUUCGACUACAGUCAGUGGUCAGAGAGCAAGGAUUUGGACCUAUUGAAUUGCUUUGAAAGAGCUGUCAAUGAGUGCCAGAACAACAUGAAGGCUGUUGAUUUGGAAAGAUGGAUGAGAUGGGUUGAAGUGGAAGGACAAACUGAGGGCAAAUCUUUGCAGAUGGAAAUUGGAGAAGCUGCUUACAGGUGUGUCCAGUUUGAGCCUAAGCCAAACAAAUGCGUGAUGCAUCUCUCUGCUAUCCUUUCCGGAUUUAAAAUGAAGCCUGUCACUGAAAUCGAUUUGGCUGAUUUGGGAAAAGUGAUCAGUAAAUUGGAAAAUGCUGAAACUCACAACAAGGAGUGGCUUCUGGCCCUUUUGAAAAAGGAAGGAUGCCUGAAGGAGGAAAGAACCAUGGUCCUAAUAGCUCAGCACUCUACUAUGUGGGACUUGGAUGUUGUUUCAGCUCUUAUUCAGUUAGCUAGAAACAACAAUUACGGAACCUCAGAAAGGAUCAACGCACUUGCAAUGGAGGCUUUCAAAGCUUUAAAUGUGCAAGAUCAAAAGUCUGUGAUUUGCUCCUUCUUCGAAGAAAAUGGGGUUAAUGAAUACUUUAAGCUGCCAAAUUUUGAAACAGAAGUCACAACUACUUUGAACAUGUCCUCCUAUGUAGAGCAGCUGAAGGAAAAGUGGUUGCCACAGUAUCUCUUUUUGAGCCUGCAGUCUCCAAAAGGGCUUGUGGAAAAGUCAGUUUCAACUGGAAUUUCUACUCGAGGACAAGGCAGCCUCAUUGCCAUAGCCCUGUCAGAGGUGUCUAGUCUCUGCUAUUUGCCUUUUAAAGGCUCCACACUUCUCUUGGAUUCUCUUAAAACGGCAAUGAAGAACAUAGAUCCAACAAAAUCCCACCUUGCACACUUUAUCAAGCAGUUGGAAGAGAAGAAGCUUAUCACAUCUGUCACUUUUUUGAAACAAUGCCUGCUCCCAGCCCUCAAGUCUGACCUUAGCUCAUAUCGAAUCCCACAACUGCUUCUGUGGAUCCAAUUAUUGAAGCUCAUAUUGAUGGCUGAGAGGCCAGAACUGGUUGAUUUGGAGGGAAAGAUCAGCUUAGCUGUACUGCUGGCAGUACUUGCUGAAAUCCUCCAGCGUGCCUCAUGGGUGCUAGGAAAGUUCAAACAUGCUGAAUCUCUACUGCGAGCUGAGACCGUUCACUUAGUUCGGAGUCUGGCACUCAAAUACGCAAACAGCGUCGCCAACCCUGAAGACAAGGAGUUGUUGUGGCUCCAAUCGGGGCUGUUAAGACUGACGUCCCACAACCGGGCUCACUUCAGUGCCAUUUGGACUCGCUUCAACCAGGCUGUACCUUCCAUGAACAUGGGAUCCCUGCUUCUGAGUAAAGACGCCAUGUAUCAGCAGAGUGGAAUGCCACCAGGAGGUCCAGAUCAACUCCUCAGUCCGCUCCUUAUUCUUCUGCCAUCCUGCUGCACCCCUGAGUGGCGUCUUCUCAUCACAAGCCUUGCCAAAGUCCUUUCUACCUACAACACUACUGACCAGGAGCCGGAGGAAGCUGACGAGCGAGAGGAAAUCAAAAUGCUGCCUGACGCCAUUCGGUUGGUGGUGACAGCACUGAUGCUGCAAGCGCUGAUGCUCAGUCAGCAGCAGCCUCCAGAUGACGCGAACUACAGCAAUGAGUGUGCACUCGCUUGCUUGGAGAACAGUAUCAGAAACCUUGGAAUCAUCAUGAAGGAGGAGUGGCUACCAAAGCUGAAUGACGUGUCUGAUGUGGAAAAUGGAGCAGGAGUAGUUCGCCAAGUGGCCCUCCUGCUGCGCUCCUUGCCAUCAGCAAUUGCAUCCAGUUGCUCUUUGGCGCUGAGCGGGGUGCUGCAAGAGGCACAUGAAGUGCUUCUGCUGCAAGCAGGCAUGCAGACUGACUUGGCCACCUGGUGUGCCCAAGAAUUAGCUCUCAGCCUAGCGCUUCUGCCGAGCAGGGAGGCAAGGCAGGCCUUGGCCAGAAAACUCCUGAUUGAGCCAGCACUCACCCAAAUUUAAACAGGCCUGCGUUUUUUACUGCUCAAGAGUCAGUAUUACUGCAUUCCGUGACCUUAAUUUGCUCAGAAUUUAACCUUAUUCUGCCAUUUCAUACCAUAUCACAAGUAAAGGCUUUUUAUUUUGAUCUGAUCACUCACCCCAAGAGACUUAAAUUUUGAUUAAACAUAUGUAUUAACGCAUUAUGUCACAUCUCAAAAUACUCUAAUAAUGUAAUAGAGGAUAAUCAAAAUGUAUCAUCAAUAGUCAGUGGAUAUAGAAAAUGAACUGUCAAUCACAGGAAACUUGAAAUUAAAUAAAGUUGAGUUGCCUAAAGUUGAAA